CUCUUGGGCUCUUGUUGUUGUUCUCAACACGGUCCGCUAGUGGAGUAUAUAAAGAGCUGCGGCAGCGCGCGCGGCCUCAGAGCGCUGUUUGCGAGCGGAGCGGGAAGGUCUUCGGCGGCUGGAUGUUAUCGUUUUCGGCCAUGUCUGUGGAGCUGGAAGAAGCCGACUUGCCGUUGACGGAGGCCGAGGAGGCGCCCUUGGCUCCCGAGAAGAAAGGCGCCGGCGCCGCCGCCAAGAAGGCCUCGGCCUUGUCUCCCUCGAAGAAGAAGAAGAACAGCAAGAAGAAGAACCAGCCAGGGAAGUACAGCCAGCUGGUGGUGGAGUCCAUUCGGAAGCUAGGCGAGCGGAAUGGCUCCUCGCUGGCCAAGAUCUACAACGAGGCCAAGAAGGUGCCUUGGUUCGACCAGCAGAACGGCCGCACUUACCUCAAGUACUCCAUCAAGGCCUUGGUGCAGAACGACACCCUCCUCCAGGUCAAAGGCACCGGCGCCAAUGGCUCCUUCAAGCUGAACCGAAAGAAGCUCGAAGGCGGAGCGGGAGAAGGAGGAGGGCCCGCCAUCGCGCCCCACGUUAAGCCCCACAAAAAGGCCGCCGCGGUGGUCGCGACGCCCCCGAAGAAAGCCGAGAAGAAGCCCAAGGCGCUGGAGAAGAAGUCGUCGCACAAGAAGGGCGCCUCCCCGUCCCCAGCCGCCGCCAAGAAGGAGAAAGCCAAGGCCAAGAAGGCGGGGGCGGCGGCGGGCAAGAAGAGCGGCGCCCCUUCGCCCUCUUCCUCCGCCUCCGCCUCCUCGCCCGCCGCCAAGAAGGCCAAGAAGGCCGCCAAGCCCAAGCCCCUCAAGAGCAGGAAGUGAGGGAGGAGAAGGAAGAAGGGAAAGGCCGCCCUCCUUUCCUAGGACUCAGACUGCGCUCGAAGCACAGAGCCACCUUUUUUUUCACCCUCGCUUCGGUUGUGUUUACUUUUGGGGGGCGGGCAAAGGACACUUUUCCCUCCAUGUUUUUUUGGAUAUUUUUUGUCGUCAGGGUUGCUUUUUUAUCCUUGCUCGUGUUAUACCAGGAUGGGGGCCUUGGAGGUGUUUUGGACUUCAACUCCCAGCAUUCCUCACAGCCUCAGGCCCCUUCCUUUUCUAGGGAGGAGGGAGCAAGCUUGUUUUCUGCUGCCCGGGAGACUAGGACGCCAUGGAACAAUGGCUUCAAAGUACAAGAAAGGAGAUUCCAUCUGAAAGGAAGGGGCCUGAGGCUGUGAGGAGUGUUGGGAAUUGAAGUCCAAAACACCUCCAAGGCCCAAGUUUCCCCCCAUGCCUGUGUUAUAUACUGUUCUGGAAGACCCAUAUUUUUGUGUGUGUCGGCGGAGAGGGGAGGGUAGGGGUCCUAUUUCGCUUUUUUUUCUUGAUUUAUUCAGUGACUGUCGCGUAUCUGAGCCUCCAUUCGUUUAUUGGCUUCCAUUUCCUCUUGAGUGUGUGUCUAGGGGUGCCUUUGAGAGAGCUUCCAGCAGUUGAGGGGGCGCCUCGUGUCGCCAUGGCAACCUGGCCUCCCACCACCCCGCCCCCCUUUUUUGUAAUUCAAAGGACCUAGUCGGAGAGGGAGACGCCCCCCUUUGCCUCCAUCUUGUACUGUACUGCCUUCAUGUCUUCGAUUGCCUUUUUUUAAAAGGGGGUAUUUGUGUUUUCUUUUGUGGGAAGGGGAGGGAUGGGUUUUUUGUCAAUAAAUCGUAUUUUAAAAAGCA